AUGUCGGUUACUAUGAGAAGUUCUACUCGAAAGUUGCCACCUACCCAAUUCGAGCCCGGAAAGAAUCAGAAGUACAUUGUGGAAGGUGUGCACGGGUUAGAAAGGCACGGAAAGGGAAAACAGUCCAAAUUGUGGGUUCUCGUCAAAUGGGAGGGCGGAAAAGAGAUGAACUGGGUCGAGCACUCGCGAUUGGACUGUGAUGAUUUAAUAGCUGAGUAUGUUGCAAUGCAGUAUCUCUUAUACUUGCAAGAAAAUAAGAGCAGUAAAACCGGAAUGAAGAAUGUUUCGAAUGAGGAUGACUGGGCUGGUGACGAGACCAAUCCGUUUGAGUUUGGAGCUGAGUAUGGUUUUGACCGUUGUCUUUCUGUUGCGAGAAUCAUAGGAGCUACAGAAGUUGAAGGCAGAGGCGCGUUUUUCCUUGUUAAAUGGAACACCCCUGAUGAAAGAAUAUUGUUAGAUGUCGUAUCUAGAGACGAGGCAAAUAAACAAAUACCCCAGAAUGUGAUCAAAUUCUACCAAGAAAGGAUUCAAUGGAAUCGAAUGGUGUUUUCCGACUCGGAAGACGAGUAG